UUAGUUAGCCCAAUCGUUACUUCGCGAAACUACCAGAUAAGUUCAACGUGUGCUAUAAAUAGAGGUCGUUGUUUUCUUGCCCCCAAAGUCAUCGAAUUUCAUAACAAAAUUUCUUCAAAGUCUUCGCAAUCAAUGGAAUCGUUCUCAUCGUUCUUCGAUUCGCAAUCGGCUUCUCGCAACAGUUGGACCUAUGAUUCUCUGAGAAAUUUCCGUCAGAUCUCUCCUAAAGUUCAAACUCAUCUCAAACAGGUUUAUCUGUCUCUAUGUUGCGCCCUUGUGGCAUCUGCUGUGGGUGCUUAUCUUCACAUCCUAUGGAACAUUGGUGGUCUCCUGACCACCUUCGCAACCUUGGGAUGCAUGUCAUGGUUACUCGCCACUCCUCCGUAUGAAGAGCAAAAAAGAGUUUCACUGUUGAUGGCUUCAGCCCUUUUCCAAGGAGCAUCAAUUGGUCCUCUAAUUGAGUUGGCCAUUGACUUUGAACCAAGCAUUUUGGUGAGCGCAUUCGUGGGGACCGCGAUCGCGUUUGCUUGUUUCUCAGGAGCUGCCAUGUUGGCAAGGCGUAGAGAGUACCUAUAUCUAGGUGGCCUUUUGUCAUCUGGUGUCUCGAUACUCUUCUGGUUGCAUUUUGCUUCAUCUAUCUUUGGUGGUUCUGUGGCUAUGUUCCAAUUUGAGCUGUAUUUUGGGCUUCUGGUAUUUGUUGGAUACAUGGUGGUCGAUACACAAGAGAUCAUUGAGAAAGCCCACCUUGGAGAUCUCGAUUAUGUGAAGCAUGCACUCACACUCUUUACCGACUUCGUUGCAGUCUUUGUCCGUAUCCUCAUCAUCAUGUUGAAAAAUUCAGCUGAAAGGGAAGAGAAGAAGAAGAAGAGGAGGGACUAGACUCGACCAAAAACCACGAACACCGAUGAUGGUAAUAAUAAUGGCUGCAACUUUUCUUUGAUAUGUCUUUAGGUAAACACAAACUUGUAAGCAUAUGGUUGUGUUUCAAUUAGAGACUAAAUGUGAGCUUGAAUUUUUCGUUUAGUGCAAUCAAUUAUAAAAGGUUAUUUUGAUUAAUUGUA